AUGUCUAAGAAAGUGGAUGUGGCAGCGGUAGCGGCUAAAGUGCAGGAGUUCUAUGCAACAAGCAAUCCAGAUCGACGGAAACUCCUUGAUGAAGAUUUGUGCAUGUUCAAAAGAAGAUUUCCAUGCGAGGAUACGGUUGCAGCAUGUAUUUUACUAAUGGGGUCGCGUUAUCCUGCCAAUGUACAGUAUUUCGCCGCAGUCUCUAUGUAUGAGACAAUUCGUCAUCGCUAUGAGGAAUGCGUGGCAAAUAUGGAAGUCUUGAAGUCUUUUCUAAUCGAAAGUCUGACAUCGAACGCUCAUGUCCAAAUGCAGUCGAUCACAAAUAAACUGUCAUCAACUCUUGCGAUACUUUCUUUGUAUUGUAUGCCCGAUGUGUGGUCAGAUCCAGUAGCAACGCUGACAAACAUAUGGGCUGCGCAACCAGAACUUUUGCUCAGAGUACUCGCUGAAAUUGCAGCAGAAUUUUCAAAUAUACAGAUGCCUCUUACCCAGCGAAGUAAGCUGAAGACUGAACUUCACAAAACUUCUGAGGAUAUUAUCCGUAUUAUUUCAACGGUCAUGGGAGCAGAUGAUGCAUCGCCAUCCACGAGGCAAGCAGCAGUUGAGUGUGUGGAACAGUGGGUGAAGUUGCCAGGCAUAGGAUUACAUCAGUGGGCUUCUGUUCUUUCGGUUGUCUUCGGUGCUGUUUCCGAGGACAGUAUAUGUUCAUGUCAAGGGUCGUACGCUGUGGAUGAGCUGAUCUCAGAUUUACCGUCGUCUUUUUUCAUGACCCUUCGUGAACAUAUAGGAUCGGCCGCUUCUGGUAACAAAAAAGACGAAAUGUGCAAUGUAAUUGCCUACUGGUUUCAUUUUAAAGUUGUUACAUUAUAUAACAACACUCUGUUUGAUAGGUAUCGAAUGGUUCGAAGUGAGGUAUCGAUUGACGCUUACUUCAUUACGGGUAGAGACGCCUUGAAGUUCCUUAACAUGGAAUUAGAGGAGACCAUUACUAAAGGUGAUUUGUGCAGAACUGAGUGCAUAAUGUUUUUGUGGGAGACUGUGGCAGACUACCUUUCGGAGUCAGAUUACCUCGAAAUAUAUGACAACCUUAAACUUUGCAUGCAGUUAUCAAAUAUUGGUGAAGGGGCAGAUGAAGACCGACUAGCUAAUACUGUUAUGAGGCAUCUUUAUGCCCUUUCUCAUCUCAUACAGGAGCACGACGAUGUGAUUAGCAAGGAAGCGCUACGGACGCUUGAAAAGUUCGUUUCGGACGAUGAUAUAUCACAAAUUUGCUACACGUUUUUUAUGAACGAGUCGAACGCUCAGGAAUUGAGAUUGAUGGCGUUGAAAUGCAUAGGCUACGUCUUGUCCAUGAAGCCUAGCCAUGAUUGUAUGCAAUCAGCUGAAACAUUGGAGAAUAAAAAAUUUCAAAUAAGCAUUUUCGCUUGUUUAUUCGCAAGCCUAAACCACAAAGGAGGAGUGCGUAAUGCAGUGACCAAUUUCCCAUCGGAGCAUCUACCUCAAAUGUUUCCGCUGGUUUCACUACUUCUAAACAAGGCACUAUUUACUAAUCCUGCAGCUGGAAGUUCUCUGGCUAAAACUGUUGUUCUUGUUAGUUUACAAUUGUUCAUUGCUAUUGAAGAGUGGUUGUCGCUAAUUUACCAGAGCUUGUUAAGGUCAGCUUUGGUGCAACCAUCGGUGCUUGUUAUAUUCUACUGGCAAGGUUCUCAUAACGUUGUUUUAAAACAUGUUUUUUGCCAUACUGAACGCUGGAUGCAAAUUUUAAGAAUUUCGUUUAAGGCAAUAUUUGUCCGCAUCCAAGUUGAGCUCAUAAGAGCUACUGUCGAAUCCUUGUCGGAAGUGCUAUUCUUUUUCAUGAAGGAGUUUUCAACAGAAACAAGAUGUGUGUUAAAUGGGUUAGACCACGGCGACUCUCCUCUUGUGGCCGCAAUGUUUAGGGAAAUUGGUAAUUUACGUAAUUUCAAACAGAUGACUCUCCGACUAAACAUGGCAUCACGAAAAAGUGCUUGUUCGUAA